AAGCAGAAGCAACAGAAAGAAUAUCGCUAAUGAAUAAUUAUAUAGCAGAAUUGCCCCAAUACCUUCCUGAUCGCCCGAGUCUCAAAGUCUUGAUGCUCCAGAGGAAUUGGUCUCUCAAAUGGAUCCCACCUAACCUUUUCCAAUGCAUGCCUGCUCUAACUUACCUAGAUCUAUCCAAUACCGAGUUGGAGGAUUUACCGAAAGAGAUUGGCAGACUAGUUCAGUUGCAGUAUCUUAAUUUAUCCUCUACAUAUAUCGAAGCAUUGCCGAAGGAGCUGGCAUGUCUUAAAGAGAUGAAGUACUUGCUACUGAGCUUUGUACGUUCUUCUCCCUUGAGAAUACCUCGUGGUGCGAUAUCAAAUCUUUCUAAACUGCGGCUGCUUGAUCUCUAUGGAACCGAGUAUGAAGUCUGGCAAGUUGAAGGUGGCAGAGGUCAUGGUAAUGAAGAGAAUACAGCAAGUUUGGAAGAGCUGGAAGAACUGAACUCAAAGGUGAUGUCGUCGACAACUCUUCAAAUUACGGUAAAUGCAGUGCCGGCCCUCAAAAUGCUCUCCAGGUUUGACAACGUAGUUACCCGGCAACUCCACAUAACGAGGAUGAGCAGCUCGGCAUCCAUCCAGUUGACACCAUCCAUCGUCAAAGCCCAACUUGGAAGCCUCAAAAUAUUGAAGAGCCUGCAGAGCCUGACAAUCGAAAACAAUGAGUCCUUGGUGGAGCUGGAGGUGGAUGGCGAGGAUCGGGAUCAUGACAUGGAUUGGCGACUUCCAGAUCUUGCCUAUCUCGAACUCCUGAACCUCAAAAAAUUAAAGGUGGUAAAUUGGACGAGCGUAUCGAUCUCAAAUUUCCUUCCGCAGCUGCAGUCUGUGACGAUUUUAGAGUGCCUUGAGUUAGAGAAUGCUAAUUGGGUUCUGCUGCUCCCACGACUUGAGAAUUUAAACAUAGAAAUCUGCUGGAAAAUGCAGCGAGUGAUCGAUGAUUCAGUAGGUAACCAUGUUGGCUAUAACUCGGCACCUGCCUUUCGUUGUCUUAGGGAAAUGAAACUUUCUCAAUUAGGGAGCUUGACUAGCAUAUGUAACGACGCAAUCAGUUUCCCUUCUCUGGAAAUCAUUGAAAUUCAUUAUUGUCACAAGCUGAAGCAGCUGCCUGUCAAGAUCAUGGGGAGCACCUUACGGGAGAUACGCGGUGCUAAAGAAUGGUGGCAAAACUUACAGUGGCAGGAUGAGAACGUGAAAGCCUCCCUUCUCCCCUAUUUCAGGAAAUGGCCAAGUAACUAGGGUGAGAAAGGGGGUUUGCUCAGAAUGCCUUCACGAAGAUACGGAGCAUUGAAGGACGGUUGGUUUGAGGGUAGAUGGCUAUUACCGAGUCUUCCUACCUUCUGCCAAGCAUGCUGCCGCCUGUGCCCAAAUAUCCUUGUUCCGCCAGAGGGGAAGGAGGUUGACGCCAGGGAUCGAGCACAAGUUUGGGGUGGACUAGUACAGGGCCAAGAUCAACGAUAUAUUAGAGGCGUCACAAACGGCUUCCACAAUACCGGACUUGAUCGAUGCCAACAUCCGAAAUAAUUGCGCGGCGUGUUCGGGCAGUCAUUCACGCAAUCUUCGUCGAGUGAAGCGUGCAUUUGAGCUGAUCAGAGUGAUAUUUGAGCUACUUUUAGGAUCAAAGGAUGAUACCUUCAUGGUCCCCGCAGCGGCGGCUUAUGUAACAACUCAAAACCUCAUCCAAAAUGGCUAGCUGGAAGGUAUUAUUUGGGUUCCUUGAUCCUGUACAAGUACCCAAGAUCUACCCAGCAAAUAACCGAUGUGGGACUAAACACAUGCCCGCACGGGUCCUCACAUACUCCCUUCGUUCAAGCCUUGACGUUCUCGUCAGGCUAAGGAUUCAAGUCUAUUCAAAUCUAAUCACAAACACCACGAUUGGCCCGUGGUCAGCCCCAAUGGAUCCGUGCUGCAGUGUCCCCUAGUCCACAUAGGUUAUGGGUCGGGUCCGCUCUGAUACCAUUUGCAACAAUCCAGAACUUCAUCUAAAAUGGCUAGCCGGAAGAUAUUAUUUGGGUUUCUUGAUCCUGUACAAGUACCCAAGAUCUACCCAGUAAAUAACCGAUGUGGGACUAAACACAUGCCCGCACUUCCUCACAGCUUAUGCCAUGGUCUUUGCUGCUUAUCAAGAAUGCAGCGUUGGAGGCAAUGUAUGACCUUUCCAUAAGAUCACAGCUCUUACCGAUGGCAAAUGAAGAUGGGGAGUCGGCUAUAUUGACGAGCAGUUCACCAGCAAAGGAGUUGUUGGCUUGGUUAGGUGUGGCAAACCGGUCUGACUCGAUGUUUUAAAACUGGGUUAUUUGUCCUCCUGUCCACAUUGUUAUCUUUCUCAUGUUUUAAAUAAAGCAGUAGUCUCAUCUUUCAUAGACGCAGAAGAGCAGAACUUGGAUGUUUGUAUGUAUUGCAGAUCGUUUAGUUACUCUUAAUUUCUAAAGCGGCAUCUACUCUAUUGCUUCAUUUGAUGC